UCUGAUAAUGAAUCGCCAGACUGUUAUGAAAUAUCUGAUAAAUAUGAAACAACAGAUAUUUUUACUUCAACUGAAUUUUCUGAUAAUGAAUUGCCAGACUGUUAUGAAACAGACGAUGAAUAUGAAACAGGCGAUAAGUAUUCAAAUAAUAGAUCAGUUCCUGAAGAAUUUACACCUAAAAAAAAAUGA